UUGACAGCUUGACUUGAGCUCCCGGAUGCGGUUAGUUAGCAACCUGGGAACUACUGUGAUAUAUUCCCCCGCACUUUGAUUUCAAAUUUCCAACCUGCCGAACUACGAAACAGUCGUGGUAAAAACUUCGGGAUAAGUCAAAGGUGGUCUCCGCGCAAGGCAUCCUAGUCAUUGUUUAACAUUUAACAAUGACAUUUGGAGACGGGGUUAAGGCGCUGCUUGACACAUACGCCAACUGCAUUUCGCUCCUCAAAACAUUCAGACGCAACCGGGAUGAAGCACCAGGCGCUAGUGUCGGCGCUCAGCAGCGGCAUUCACACUUACGCAAGUGUCUGAGGAGCGACCGUUCUCUGGUUGAGCGGGCUUAUUCAUCUCGGGUAUCUGAGUCUGGGAAACGCUUCAAGAAAGGAGAUGCCCGCGCAAAAACCGCCGUCGAUCGCAUCCUCAAGAGGUUGAGAAACGCGAUUGCAAACCUACUACGUCUCUCAAGCAGAAGGGAUGGCCUCGAUCUGGACUACGAGUCUCUGAUGUCUCUGUCGAAUGCGUCGCGAGUCGAGGCGAUCAAGGCCAUCGAUAGCCUCUCACGCCGGCUAGGAGGUCCUUCCCGAUCUUCUAUCGCCUCCUCGUUAUCUGAAUCAUCAUCUAAGAGAUCGUCUGCGACUCGGCAUAAACAUAAACGUGGAUCGUCAUCCAAUACACGGUCUUCCGCCUCCAGGCAAGAUAACGCGACCGAGCAACAUGACUUACAGAGCCAGAAGCCUCGGACCACAGCUAAAGAGGGGAAGGCAACGAGCAGGCAGUGUAAGGCAGAUGACGCGGAGAGGUUACGCAAAGGUCCACCGCCAUUGUCCGUUGCUCCGCCCAAAGUGCGGAAUGCGCAACCGCAGACACCGAUCCCGAGAACCACGAGUCCAGGCGUUAAGGCACCGAAGUCGGCGUGGGCCAACAGGAUAUCUAUCUUGUCGUUCUCUUCCGGCAGCACCAAGCUCGGUGAGAUCCCGCAGAGGAAGUGGCAGUCAACCAUGCAAUAUACUGCUACGGAUGUAGAUGGUGACGAGUACAAUGUCCGUCCCAUGUUCCCCCUGAAGCCAUACACGGUGGAGGUCAAGGAGAGGAGGUUCUGGGGAUUAUUCAGUCGGAGACGGGAAGGGUGAUAUUUUUGCUCGUGGUGCUUUCUGGGAACUGCGAAGCUUGGUAUGACGGGAUAUCUCGAGAUGUCUCAUGAGCCAUGACCGCUGGUACAGUAAGACAUGAUAAUAUCUGGAGGUUGUUCUUCAAGGUUGGACACGAACUUGAGCUUGUUGUGGAGCAACCGGCUGAAAUCCCGAGCUUCGGUCGAAUCGGUUUCCCUCUGAUAUUGAAGUCUCAAUCGCAAAGCGUUUCAAAAACGGGCGCUAAUAAAACAGCUCACUCGGCAACUUUGCCAACUGCUGAUCAACAAGUGCGCUGGAACCGGCAGAUCUUUCCAACGGCGACCCUGGCAAGGUGCAACGGCAACCGC